AUAAGACGCUUGUUUUGAAGCAAGCUUAUUGAUAAACGUAAACAAUUGUUCUUAUUUUAAAAAAAAAAACAACUUAAUGUACUAAAAUUAUGGCGAGUAAACGUAAAUCAAUGCUCGUCCAACAAAGCCAAAAUGAAGAAAAAGAAUUAGAUAAAAGUGCUGAAGAUAUGAACAUUUCUGACGAUGAAGAAGGCGGGACAAGAAUUGGGGAUAUUUAUAUACCACCACCAGCGCAGCCACAUUGUUCAACAGAAAGCAAAGGACCCAGAUUAAUCAUAACGCAAAUAGAAAACGAAAAUUUCAAAAGCUACGCUGGUAAAGUAACACUGGGGCCUUUUCACCAUUGUUUUACAGCUAUAAUAGGACCUAACGGAAGCGGGAAAAGUAACGUAAUUGAUUCCAUGUUAUUUGUGUUCGGAUAUAGAGCUCAAAAAAUACGAAGUAAAAAGCUAUCAGUUUUACUACAUAAUUCAGCUCGGUUUCCCAAUACUCAAAGUUGUACCGUUUCGGUUCAUUUUCAACAAAUAAUCGAUAAAGAAGGAGGCGAAUGUUUACCUGUAGAAAACUCUAAUAUCGUAAUAUCCCGAACCGCAUUCAAAGAUAAUUCAUCAUUUUACACAAUUAAUAAAAGACGUGUUCAAUUUAAAGAAGUUGCCACUUUGUUAAAGCAACACGGCGUGGACUUAGACCAUAAUAGAUUCUUAAUUUUACAAGGAGAAGUUGAAUCAAUCGCUAUGAUGAAAUCAAAAGCUCAUUCAGAAAAUGAGUGUGGGAUGUUGGAGUAUUUAGAAGAUAUUGUUGGUACAACACGAUAUAAAAAACCGUUAAUUCAAAUUAAUACGAAAGUGGAACUCCUUACUGAAGAGCGCACUGAAAAACAUAAUAGAUGUAAGCUCGCUGAAAGAGAUAUGAAAGAUUUAGAACAGCCUUAUAACGAAGCUGUUGAAUAUCUUAAACUAGAAAAUACACUGACAAGGACACAAAAUUUGCAAAUACAAAAAUACUUGUCAGAGCAGAAUAAGAAAUUACUGGAAGUGAAUGUUGAAAAAGAAAAAGUCGGGGAAGAAUUGAAGCAACAUGAUGAGAAAUAUGAAGAAAUAAAGAGACAAAGAUUGGAAAAAGAAAGUCAAAUUAAGGAAGAAAUUGCAAAUUUCGAAAAGAUGUGUAAAUUAAAAGAAGAAAUGGAAACUAAAUUAAAAAAAGCACUAAAUAACUUUACCGAAGUACAAACAACAAUGGCUGCAACAAAUAAAAGAAGAAAGCAAAAUAAACAGCAAUUGCAGAAAAAUGAAGAGAAAUUGAUUGAAUUACAGAAACUACCUGAAAAAAACGAAAAAGAAAUUGAAGAAUGCAAAACUAGAAUUGAUAAACUAAGCAGUCAAAAGAAUACUUUAGAGACGGAACUUCAAAAGAAUUACGCAGAAAUUAAGGACCAAACUCAACCAUUAAUAGAAAAACGUGAAUCACUUGAAGGGGAACUAAUAGAUUUACAAAAAAAUGUUAACGAAGCUAAAGCAGCCUUAACUGUUUUGGAGCAGGAAUUAAAAAUUUUAAAACAUGAUGAAACAACUGAAAAACGAAAAUAUGAAUCAAUGAAAAGUUCAUUUGAAGAAUCUAAAAUUGCGUUAGAUGAGAAAACUGAGAAAGUUAAAGAAUAUCAAAACCUUAUACCAACAAUUCGCAAGGAAAUCGAAAAUAAAACAGUCGAGGUGGAAAAAUUAAGAGAUGAAGAAGAAAAAACAAGAUUGGACUUAAGAAAUGUUAUGUCUGAAAUAACUGAAAAAAAAAAUAGUAUGCAAAUAGCAAAAUCUAACAACAAGGUACUCGAUUCUUUAAUGCGUCAAAAAGUUGAGGGUAAGAUUCCAGGAAUUCUUGGUCGUUUAGGUGAUUUGGGAGGCAUAGAUGCCAAAUAUGAUGUCGCUAUUUCUACAGCUUGUGGGAGACUAGAUAAUAUAGUCGUAGAUACGGUAAAUACUGCUCAAACCUGUAUAGAGCACCUGAAAAAGUAUGACAUAGGGAGAGCUUCAUUUAUUGCUUUGGAAAAAGUGCAGCAUUUACAAAGGUAUUGUGAAACCAAAAUAAAUACUCCGGAAAAUGUACCAAGAUUAUUUGAUUUGGUGCGAGUUGAAGAUAACCGUGUUGUGCCAGCCUUUUAUUUUGCUUUAAGAAACACUCUUGUGGCAGAUAACUUGGACCAAGGUACCAAAAUUGCUUACGGGCCUCAAAGAUUUCGUGUUGUAACACUGAAAGGAGACGUGAUUGAAACCUCAGGAACAAUGUCUGGUGGGGGUAGAACACAAAUUCGUGGUAAAAUGGGGCAAAAGGUAACUACCAAAACAAAAGAAAAUCCAAGAUCAUCCCUAAUAUCUCAAAAAGCACUAGAGGACAUGCAAACAAGUGCGGAAAAUAUGCAAUCAAAAAUCAAUUAUUGUCAAGAGCAACAAGGGCAUCUUGAAAAAGAUAUCAAUAAUUUAAAAAUUUCUUUACAAAAAAAAGAAGUUGAAAUAAGAAAGAUGUCGGUUACUAUUGAAAGUUUGUCAGAGCAAUUACCUCGUAUUGAAGCUCAAUUAAAAAGUCAAAAAAUUAGAAUGGAGAAAACUAUUUCAGACAAAAAUAAGGUAGAUAAAUUGGAAGCAGAAAUUGAUACAAAGCGGACCCAUUUUGAAAAAGUUGAUAAUACUGCAAAAAAAAUUGAAAAUAAAAUUCAAGACCUUAAUGACAAAAUAGGUGAAAUUCAUAACGAAAAAAUCAAAGUAUUACAGAAGAAAAUCGACAGUCUUGCAAAGCAAAUUAAAAGUCUUAACGCAAAUAUUUCAAAAUUAAAAGUGGACAUAACAACAUCCGAACGUAAUUACAAAAAGACGGAAAAAGAAAUCGAAGACUUGAAGCAAGAUAUUACAAAUGCUGAAAAUGAAAUUAAGAGACUAAACGAAAAAAGAACGGAAUAUGAUAAUGAAGGAGUUGAGUGGACUAAGAAAAUUGAAGAAGCCAAAGAACAAAUUGAAAAUGCUAAUAAAGAUUCAUCACACCUUAAAAAAGAAAUAGUUGAAUUUCAAAAACAAGAAACAGAGGGUAAUUUAAAAAGAGUUGAAAUCGACCAAAAAAUGCAAGUACUUGAGAAGAAAAUAUCGGACCUAAAAAGUCAAAUGCCACAUUGGAGAAAUAAAUUAAAGCCCUUGAAACUUCAUCAAAUACCUGGGGAAACUGAGCCUCCGGAGCCAUUAAAGACAUAUACUGAAGAAGAACUAGAUACUUAUAAAUUGCAAGAGCUUCAGUACCAAUAUUCUAUACAAGAAGAAAAACUUAAUCAAAAAAAACCAAAUCUUGGAGUAAUUCAAGAAUAUACAAAUAAGAAAGACAUAUAUUUACAGCGUGUUCAAAUUUUGGAAGAUAUAACAAAUAAAAGAAAUGAAAUGAGGCAACUAUAUGAUGAAGUUAGAAAAAGACGAUAUACAGAGUUUAUGAAAGGUUUUCACAUUAUUACGCGUAAAUUAAAAGAGAUGUACCAAAUGAUAACACAAGGAGGUGAUGCUGAGCUAGAACUUGUUGAUUCAAUGGAUCCAUUUACUGAAGGUGUGUCAUUUAGUGUGCGACCUCCAAAAAAGACAUGGAAAAAUAUUUCAAAUUUAUCUGGUGGGGAAAAAACUUUAUCCUCUUUAGCUUUAGUAUUUGCAUUACAUUAUUAUAAGCCAUCACCUUUAUAUUUUAUGGAUGAAAUCGAUGCUGCAUUAGACUUCAAAAAUAUUUCAAUUGUUGCCCAUUAUAUUAAAGAAAGAACAAAAAAUGCUCAAUUUAUUAUAAUAUCAUUGAGAUCUAACAUGUUCGAAUUAUCAAAUUACACAGUUGGAAUUUAUAAAGUUUCAGACUGUACUGAUGCGAUUUGUAUAAAAAAUAUUCCACCAGAUUUUAGCACACCAAAUAUAGAAGAACAAGUACAAAACAUCCAAGAACAUUAUAUAGAAGAAACAGAAAUUGAACCAACAAAAUCAAAUGAUGGAAUUCAAAAUGAAGUGACUUGUUUAAAUGCCUCAUUAGACAUAACAGCCAGUUCAUUAUAGUAUGCGCUCAUAAUAAGAGUUUCAAUAUGAUUUCCUUUAAUUGUUUUUUUUAUAAAUUUAGUAUAUAUUAAAUUAAUAUGUACUAAAAUUUUUUAAAACUAAAAUUUUAAAUAUUAUACAUAUUUAAACAUAUUAAAUAUGUAUAUUAAGUAUAUACAUAUUUAAGUUGUUUAAAUUUAAGUAAUGUAAUAUAGUAUAAAAACAUUAUAAGUGUCUCGAAUGUGGAAUUAUUUAAAAUAUUUUUGUAGCAAUAAAAACUAAUCGUAAAAUAAAAAAAUAGCAUUUAAAACAAACCGAAGCUCUUUAAUUUUUAUACAUCAUUGCUGUAGACGUCUUAGGCGUAAAACAAACUU